AGCAACCGCUGUUUUUUGUCCCGCCCCCAUGACAGUGACGUUGCUACGGCAACCGUGUGUUUCCUAGACGGAGAGUUAGAAGUGGACCGGAGUUAGCGGUUGUUUAUUAAACAUAACUAAACUACUUCUACACGUUAUAACCAGCUAGGUAGUGUAAUGUCUCAGGUAUUAAAAGCACCUCCUAAGUUUCUGCCUUCUGAGUGGAAACAUGCGAACCACGUGCACUUCAGGAGCGCAGAGGCCGAGCGAGUGCGCUCAGAGCGACUCACAGACGAGUGUAAGAGACUGAUAGAGGACAGCGAGAAGUCGGUGAGACGCAUGCAGCAGGAUGCUAACAACCGGCUGGAGCAGAGACUCAAAGAUAUUAAGUUCUGGAGGCAGGAGCUGGAGCAAAAACUGCAGGAGAUAGUGCAGGAGAUCGAGCUGCUCCUGACUAUGAAGAACCGAGUAGAGAGAGCUCUGGGGAGUUGCUCUGAGCCUCUGCAAGCCACUCUGGACUGUCUGAAUGAGAGGCAGAAGCGGGUGGAGAUAGACCUCGUUCAUGACGAGGUGGAGAAGGAGCUUCUGAAGGAGAAGGACGUGAUCGAGGGAGUGUCGGCUCUCCUCCAGCGCACUCUGGAGCAGAUCAUUGAGCAGAUCAGGCUCAACCGCUCAGCCAAAUACUACCUGGAGAAAGAUCUGCGGGAUAAAUUUCAGGCAGAACGUAUCGAUGAUUUCUGCUCCCUGCUCAGCAGCACCACAGCGAGUGCAGAGGAACAGGCUGGAGCCGGACAACGUCCUGAUGGAGGACUCGCCGUGACUCCUCAGGAAUGGGAGACGUUCUCUGACGUGAACAUCGGCAAGGCCGAGAAGGAGAGGAAUAACUCGGCAUCUCUGAGAGCGCUGGUGGAGAACCUGCUGGCGCAGACGGCAGCAGACAUGCGCAGGCAGCACGAGGCCACCGGCUCGACCCUGGAGCUGCGCAUACACGAGACCAGAAGUGCCAAAGCGGCGCUGGAAGAUCAGCUGAGCAAGCUGCUUGUGGAGAUUGCGAACCAGGAACAGAACCUCGAUGCUCUGAAAGUGGCUGUUGCUGAUAAAGAAGGGCCAGUGAAGCUGGCCGAGACACGGCUUCACGCACGCCAACAGCGACCCAGAGCUGAGCUGUGUAAUGAUCACGCUCACAGACGCCUGCUCGCUGAAGUACAACAGCUUAAGAGCCACGUGUCCAGGCUGAAAGAGGGUCUGUCCCAGUCAGAGAUGGAGCUCAGAGCCCUGACCAGAAGCCAGCUGCUCCUGGAGGAGGAGAUCCAGGUCAAAUCAAACUCGCUCUAUAUAGACGAAGUGAUCUGCACGCAGCUCCAUCAGCCAAUCACCAUUCACGAUUUCUGAAGGAACUAAAACGACUCGAAAGAGAUUGUACCACUAUUAAAUAGGAAAUAAAUCACCCACGAAUGA